AUGUUCCAACCACAAACAAGAAGAAAAGACUUUUCAUCCUUACUCUCCUCUCAUGUCCAUUCGUUUUGUUUGGAUGAUCAUUUUGAUCGUAUUCAACAACAACAACAACAACAAGACUUUUCAAACAUUUCGGAAAACUUUUUGGAAGGAAAAUUCAUGUUGGAGCUCGUGGUGAGUACAUGCUCGGAUCAUCAGACAAAUCAGAUGGUGGAUGAAGAUGGACAAUCAACCACGACAACCAUCAUGAUGAAUACGACGAAUUGUUGGAAUUACCUCUUGCACCCAUUUACCUUGUAUUUGAAAUAUUCGGAAUUUUCAAAUUAUUGUCCCGAGAUGGAUAUUGAUUCAUUGAAUAUAUGUAUUGAAUUUGGAAGAGAUUUUCAGCGGAAUGGAAAUGAGUGGACGAAUUAUUUGGAUUUACAAUUGGCUUGUUAUAUUCAUCCAAGUAGUGAUGACAAUUUGGAUCGAUUUUAUUUUGAUCCACAGAAAGAUAUUCCUGAAAAUUGUUUCGUGGAAUUGUCAGAUGUUGUCUCUCGAUACUGCAAGGAUGAAGAUGAUGAUCAGCUCAUCAUUGAACAAUAUAUUGCAGAACAACAACAACAACUAGAAUCAGGUCAGAAAUUAAGUAUUUAUUUGGCAUGCAAGUAUCGCAUCAAGUUAAACAAGAAUAUCAUUAAGGAAAAAGAUGUUCAAGUCAUCAUGGUCCACUCAUUCAAUACUCCACUUUUAGAUGCAACCUUAGGUGAAUAUGUGAAUAUUUUCAAUGACAAUAACUUUAUCGAACAAUUUGGACGAGUGGCAAUCACGUUACCGAAACGAGCUGACUUGUUCUAUGAUGUUUAUGGUAAAAAGGAAGAUUCAAAAACAUUUACCUUGUUAAAUACAAGUCCUGACUGGAGACAAGCAGAGUCUUUAAAAUCAGAUCAUUAUUGGAUUUUCAUUUCUCCACAAUUAGAACGAAAUCAUGGUUACAUAUUCAGAGUCAUUUACAUUCAAAAGGAAAAUACUUGGGUCCAAUAUCCAAUUUUGAAACAGGCACAACAACAACAACCACCACGCAUGGAAGAAAAAGUGAUGCGAGUGAAAAUUUCUGACAUUCAUGAAGAUCUUCAAAAUUCAUUCGCACUCGCUCAAUGUGGAUUGAGACUAGUAGAGUUCUACAACUUGAAUCCAAGUCUUUUCAAGUCUUUGAAAGUGAACAGCAAUCCAUUGUUUCAUUUGGACAUUUCUCUCACGUCCAUAGGUUCUUGUGAUGACACAUCUAACUCCAAUUACACAUUCCUUAUGGAAAGAAUUGCACGAGUCGAUCAACACGAUAUCACCAAAUGGAAAGAAAUACCUCCUCUCAUCGCUCUCGAAAACACCGAAGAAAUGAAAAUUCUAGAAAUUAAUCCCAAACUUGACUAUUUGGUGCGAUUCUAUUGUGCCUCUUAUUUCGACAGGCAUCGAGUGUUGAGAUCUCUUAAUAGUGCCACAAAGGUUAUUCCAUCUUCAUUGGUCAUGUGGAAAGAAUUGGCUGCAUGUGGUGAAAUAUCGAAAACCUACGACACGACCAUUCGUGUCACCACUCGCUCACCUGUAUUCUUUAUAUUUGUGACAGGAUUUUCCUCUCGAUUUCCCAACGUUCAAUACUAUCAUUACAAAGUAGAAGCCAAGAGAAAGGACUUGCCCUCCGAACAGUGGGUUUCCCUUAAUUGUGAGCCACUCGUAUCCAACGAUGGUCUAUUCAUUCGAAAUGUUCCACUCACCUAUGUCUGUAAAGUUUCACCUCGUAGCAAUGAGCUCAUGGCAUAUGGCAAAACGUACAUGAUUCGAAUUUCGUGUGUGAAUCCCAUUUCUGGUAAUCAAGUAAUUGUCAAGGAAUUUCCAAAAACAAUUCCAAAAUUUAACUACAUUCCACAUCAUGCUACUGAAAUAUUAGAAAGAAAUGGAGGAAUGUUGGCGUUUUAUAAUCCUGUGGUUUCCAUGUAUUUGUUCUUAAAUGGUGAAAUGCUUUGUUACAAACACAUGACCUUGAGCAAUAUUGAAGAGAGACUCUUUGUUGGAAGUUUUGAAUUUACCCAUUUAAUUUCUCGAUCUGAAUUUGAGAGAAUGUUUCGCACCUCUUCAACAACAAGAAAUCCAUCGUCAACAACAACAACCACCUUGGAAGAUGAUCACCACACGAAUACACUUAUUGUCCAAACCAACUCACAAGUUUCACACAAGAAAACAUCCAUUGUUGACAUUGAAACCAUCUUUAUGCAUCAUCCAAAGAAUGCUCCACACUUACCAAAACAAAUCUAUGAAUACACCUUCAAGAUUGUAUUCAAUCAUUCGACAAAGGAAUAUGAAUUGUUAGACAAUUCUGAACUAUUCAUCACACCAACUCAGAGUUUCAUGACAAAUCAUGACGAACAUGAUAACCGUCGUCAUGAACUCUGUUUGUUGCAUCACCAAUUGAAUCCAGUGACUGCUCAGAGAAAUAUGUGUGGAUUAAAUUCAGAACGGGAUCAUCCAGAGAGAUCCAUUCAAUGGUUUCAUGCAUUGGAAAUUCAUCGAGUUGCAACGUUUGACCUGAUUGAAUUCCAAUUUCAAAGAUUUUAA